AUGAAGUUGGAGAAACCACUAAUCGCGGCCGUUGAGGGCUACGCCGUGGCCGGUGGACUGGAGUUGUCUUUGAUGGCUGACAUGAGAGUAUGUGGGCGCACAGCAACGUUUGGUGUGUUCUGCCGACGAGUAGGCGUCCCACUCAUCGACGGAGGAACUGUUCGCCUCCCUCGCAUCGUCGGUCUAGGCAGAGCUCUCGACAUGGUAUUGACAGGGCGAGCUGUUUCUUCUGACGAAGCCCUACAAUGGGGUCUAGUUACAAAGGUCGUUGACGAUGGUCAAGGUGAGCCUUACACAAUUCGAUUCUUGAAGGCAUUCACAUCGACAAAUGAGUUUUAA